GGAAGCGGUUUUUCUCUUAGCUUGUGCUUUCGUUCGUCUGGUACACGUGUUUCUUAUUUGGAUUAUGUGUAUGAAUUUCUGAUUCCACAAUAUUUACAAAUAAUAACUUUACUGUUGAAUUAACAAUUAAGCUCAUUGAUUCUGCAAGAGUGUAGUUUAUUUUUUUUAAAAAACACAUAUAACUACACGUCAAAAAUAAAAAAGAUUUUUUUGGUCAAAAAAGAGUGAUGUGCUAAUAAAUAACAAAAUGAAACAUAAAGAUACAGAUAACUUUGAGGAUGAAUCAAGUGAAGAGGAUGAAAGCUCUUUGAAGAGUUUAUUAAAUACGUUUCAAAAACGUGAUGAAGUUCAGUUAUCCACUCAACAAUCAGCUGUGAUAUCCGAUGAUGAUGAAGAAGAAGAAGAAGAAGUUGAAGAAAACAACAGUGAUAUACUAGGUUCAGAUUCUGAGACGAAAGAUGAAGAAGAAGAAGAAGAAGAGACUGAUUUACAAAAAAAAAGUAUAGAUGACAAUAUUGAAAAUGAGGAGGAAGAAGCUGAUGAAGAUGAGUCUGUCCUACAAGAUCCAUUUGUUAUUCAUUUGCUUUAUGACUUAGCAAAUGACUUAUAUCAAAACAUAUCAAGUGAAUCUCCUAAAAUUGAAACCCAUUCAUUGCAAUGGCCCACUCUAGGUAAUAUUAAUGUAUAUAUCCCUAAAUCUGAACCUCCGAGUACGAGUCCGCCACAGAAAAAGCAAAAAAUAUUAUUAUCUGAAGUAAAACAAUUUGCACAACCUGGUAACGUUCCAAAUAAAAUAAAUAAAAUUAAUUGGAAUGGAUUACAUGUUAAAUCUCAAAUACGAAAUAACCUUACUAAAGCAAAUUACAUUAAUAUCAAAGAUAUGCAGAAUAUCAAUGAAAACAUUCUAACACCGAUUCAGGCAGAAUUAUUUUCUAUUAUAAAUAAUUAUCAAGAUUUUCUAUUUUGUGAAAGAACAAUUUCAAACGAUAAGGAAAUUAUGUUUACAUACUGUCUUCAUGUCAUGAAUCAUCUUUUAAAGACUAGAAGUAAAAUUUUACAUCACAAUAAUAAGUUAUCUAAAAUGAACAACGGAACGAUGAGUGAAAUACCAGAAGAAUAUCGUGAUCAAGGUUUAGUGAGACCCAAAGUGCUAAUAAUUGUACCAUUUCGUCAUUCAUGUUUAAAAAUAGUUGAGAUGCUCAUUGCUAUACUAUUUGGUGAUAAUAGUGAUGGUUCUGUAAUGAAUAAAAAACGAUUUUUAAAAGAAUAUGGUGGUGAAACAAUAUUCAUGCCAAAGACAAACCCAAAACCUGAAGAUUAUGAAAUAACCUUCUCAGGAAAUACCGACGAUACAUUUAAAAUUGGCAUUUCAAUUACCAAGAAAACACUUAAACUUUAUUCAGAAUUUUAUUCUUCAGAUGUAAUAAUAGCUUCACCCUUGGGAUUAAGAUUGCUUAUUGGAGCUGCUGGAGAAGAAGAUCGUGACUACGACUAUUUGGCAUCGUUAGAGUUAUUAAUUAUAGAUCAAGCUGAUAUACUGUUAAUGCAAAAUUGGGAUCAUUUGAUACAUAUUAUGAGCCAUUUACAUCUUCAACCAAGAAAGUUUCAUGGCACAGAUUUUUCUCGAGUUAGGAGUUGGAGUGUGAAUGGAUGGUCUAAAUAUUAUCGACAAACAUUAAUAUUUUCUAGUAUACAUACACCAGAAAUACAUGCCUUAUUUAACAAAAAAUGUGCCAACUAUGCAGGUAAAAUAAAAGUUAUGAAUAAUGUACAAACAGGUUCUAUAAGUCAGGUAAUAGUUCAAUUACCUCAAGUAUUUUAUAAAUUUAAUGCAAGUAGUCAUACGCAAGCUAUAAAUACAAGAUUUGAUUUUUUUAUAAAAAAAAUAUUACCACAAUAUAAAGAUAGUAUGAUGAGUCAUACUCUUGUAUAUAUACCUUCCUAUUUUGAUUAUGUUAAAUUAAGAAAUUAUUUCAAAAAGGAGGAACUAAAUUUUGUACAAAUUUGUGAAUACUCAAAAGACAAUAAAAUCGCUCGUGCAAGAGAUAUGUUCUUUCAUGGUUCUGCUCAUUUUCUCUUGUAUUCUGAGCGAUUUCACUUCUUUCGUCGAAUCCGUAUAAAAGGUAUUAAACAUAUAAUAUUUUAUGCACCACCUUUAUUUCCAAAUUUUUACACUGAGUUAUGUAAUUUUAUGUUUGAAUUUGAUCCAAAUUCAUUAGCAAAGUCUAAAAGUAAUAUGACAAUUUCUACUUUAUAUUGUAAAUAUGACGCAAUGUACUUAUCAGCUGUCGUCGGUACUGAUCGGUUUACUAAAAUGAUUGCCUCUGAUAAAUCCACUCAUACAAUAAUAACAGGAAAUUGAUAUUUUACUAUUAUUUUUAAUAAUAGAAAUAGUAAUAUUAAAUAUAUGAGUAUUGAUCAUAAAAAUUAGAAAAAAUUAUAAA